AUGCCAGCAGUACAAUAUCCAGAGCCUGCGAACGCUGAUGGGCUGUCUUACGAGCCUGGCUCAGAAGAGAGGAAACUCUUGAAAGCCGCUCUCGCGGAGAUGGAAAGCAAUGUCGCCGAGAUCCCAAGUAUUAUCAACGGCGAACGCAUCCGCACCGGCCACAAGAGCAAACAGGUCAACCCCUGGGACCGAUAUGGCGCCCCUUUGGCAGAGUACCACCAAGUGGAUGCGGAGACCAUCAAGGCAAAAGCCAUUCCAGGCGCUCUAGAGGCAAGGAAAAGCUGGGCCAAUAUGCCAUUCAAGGACCGUUGUGCCAUCUACAAAAGAGCUGCAAAACUUGUCGAGUCGCCCAAAUACCGGUGGAAGCUGAUGGCGGCCACCAUGAUCGGUCAAGGAAAGACAUGCGGGCAGGCGGAGGGCGACUGUAUAACGGAAGUCAUUGAUACUUUGAAUUUCCAUGUCUAUUUUUGCGCCCAGCUUUACGAGCAACAACCCCCCAAGCAAUUUGACUCGUCUUCCAGCCGGCUGGACUAUCGACCCCUGGAAGGCUUUGUGCUCGCUAUUUCGCCUUUUAACUUUACGGCGUUGGGAGCACACAUCGCGUUCACGCCGGCUCUCUUGGGAAAUGUCAUCCUUUGGAAGCCCUCGCCCAUGGCCGUCUUGUCGAACUACAUCCUCUACCAAAUCAUGGAGGAAGCGGGUAUGCCAAAGGGCGUUGUCCAGUUUUUGCCCGUGGCGGAUCCGACUACAGUCGUUGAACCAGCCCUCGCCAGUCCUCAUUUCACCGGUCUACACUACACCGGCUCCUCAGCCGUCUUGCGCACACUGUGUACUCAAAUCGGGACAAAUACGCAUAUUUACAAGAAUUUCCCACGGAUUGUUGGGGAGAGUGGUGGCAAGAAUUUCCAUCUCAUUCACAACUCCUGCAAGGAUGACGUCGAGUGGCUGGCAUCCGCAGCAGUGCGUUCGGCGUACGAGUUCCAGGGCCAAAAAUGCAGUGCCUUGUCCCGUUUGGUUGUUCCCAAAACCAUGUGGGAGCAAGGGGAUCUGAAAAUAGCGCUAGUGCGAGAAGCAUCCAAGAUGACAUACGGCAAUGAUGUCAAACAGCUUCAUCACCCUUUAGGCCCCAUGGUCUCGGAGGCAUCCUUCCAGCGGUUCGAACAAUUUGUCCAACGCGCCCAGGACGACGGCCAUGAACUAAUCUACGGCGGCAACACAGACGGCAGCAAAGGUUUCUUUGUUCAGCCUACUAUUUUUGAAAUGAAACAGACGGUCAACCGUCUUGAGUCGGAUUUAAUGACCAAGGAGCUCUUUGGGCCCCUCUUCGCCGUUCAGACAUACGAUGAUACAUCACCAACCGGGUUUGAAGACGUAUGCCGGCUUAUUGACAGCACGUCAGAGUAUGCUUUGGCCGGCUCUGUCUUCGCCCGUGAUAGGCAGGCUGUCAAAAUUGCGGAUGAGAAACUGCGGGAUUCGGUUGGGAUGUUCUGCAUCAAUGACAAGAGCACCGGCGCCAUCAUCGGCGCGCAUCCCUUUGGUGGAGCCAGGUCCAGCGGCACAAACGACAAGGCAAACUCGAUGAAUGUUCUGCUCAGAUUCUCCAGCAUUCGGUGUGUCAAGAAUUCUUACAUCAGCAGCAGCAGCACCCUGAGUGCCUGCCAUAUCCCUGAGUAG